UAUAUAUAUGUGUGUAUAUAAUAUAUCUUGUUUCAUAUAUGUAUAUAUUAUAUAAGACUCGUAGGGCUCUUGUGUUCUGACAAAGUGAAGUUACGGAUUGUACGUUGCUUUGGGUCAUCACCGGAACUCUGUGCCGAUUUUCAAUCGGAGAAACGGAGAUUUGAGAUUGAAGUCCGUUUAAAUCAAACGUUAAUGGAAAGCAAGGCGAAGACUUUUUCAUGAAUCUGAUUUGAAAAAGCUAAUUAGAUUUCUGUCUCUGCAAAGAGAAAAUUGUUCAGGCAGUUUUUCUAGUCUUAUCAUUAGAGGGAUGGGAUUAAAAGCAGCGACCACAUGUUUGCAUUGGUCACAACCGAUUGUUCCUCACUCUCCAUCGUCUUCUCAAACUCUAGCUUCAGCUGUUUCUUCACCUUCUUCGAAACGACGCCGUAAAGAUGGUUCAGCUCUUGUGCAGAGACUUGACCGAUCAUCUCUCUUCGGAGCAAAACUAACGAAACUUCGCAGGUCCCAGUCUUACGAGUAUCCACAAUCAAAACCUCAACUCACGGUAUUAAGAAGAGCUUGCAGUGCCAGCUUAGAUGCCUUCCGCUUCCAACAUGACGGGGAUGAAAAUGGCGACAGUGAGGAUAUCUGUAACAGCGUAGAUCCUUCAUGGCAACCCCAUGAACCACUAUCGAGUAUUGAACGGAAGGCUAACAGCGUGGACCUUCCGUUAUCGCUAAGAAUGAUAAAGAGAAAGUUAAAAUGGCAAGACGGGUUUAUAGAAGCAGGAGAAUCAGCUUAUUGUUCGGUUAAAAAGGCGUUCUCAUCGAUGGUGUUUAUAAUCCAAGAGCUUCAUAGCUUCACUUUACAGAUGAGAGAGAUUCUACCGUAUGAAGAUUUACAAGGAAUCCUUGUAAGGGUUCAGAGAGAGAUACAUGCUUAUUUUGUGUGGUUGUUUCAACAAGUGUUCUCUCAUACACCAACACUAAUGUUGUAUGUUAUGAUACUUUUAGCGAAUUUUACAGUAUAUUCAAUGGCUAGUAACACUGCACUUGCAGUUUCGGUUUCUCCGCCAACAACAGAGGUUGCUUCGGUGAUUGAAAUUGAGGAUGAGAGUAAUUUAAAUUUUGAUUCGUCAACCGUUAAGAGGUUUUCAGUGUCUUCUUCAAGUGGGAAAAGCACGUCAGUUGGGGGAAAUAACAAUGGCGGUGGUGGGAAAAUCCGGCCGGUGGCUAGAGGCACAGAUGGGGAUGGAGGAUUUGAUCGGAAUGACCAUUUUAGAACUAUUGCGGCUGACGGUGCUUCACAGUUGUCUUCUCUUGGGACGAAUAGGGAGGCAGAGUCGGUGUCAGAGCAAGAGUUGAAUUUGUGGAAUUCAAUUCUUGAUGAAGCUUCUCAAAUGCAAGCUUCAGUAAUAGAUGAGUCACUUGAUCAUGAGACCAUGAAAGGAUUCGUUUCACCAAUCAAGGCCAACACUGAAUCUGAUGAUUAUGCAGAUUAUUUCAAAACAGAGCUUCUAUAUCAAAUAAGCUUGCAAAGAGAGCCCAAUAACUCUCUACUUCUUGCCAAUUAUGCCCAAUUUCUCUACCUCGUUACCCAAGACUGCGACAGAGCGGAAGAGUAUUUCAAGCGAGCAAUCGGGGUGGAGCCAGCAGAUGCAGAGGCACUUAACAAAUACGCAAGCUUUUUAUGGAAAGUGAGGAAGGAUUUAUGGGCAGCUGAAGAGACCUUCUUGGAAGCCAUUUCUGCUGACCCAACAAACUCUUACUACGCAGCUAAUUACGCCCAUUUUCUAUGGAACACUGGUGCGGAGGACACGUGUUUCCCUCUCGACCCUCCAGAUGCCACUCAAGAAGAAUCUUAAUCCUCCCACGUAUAAAAUCUCAAAUCAGUCAACAAAAAGAACAACCACCCAAAGCAUAUCAGUAUCCUCUCCUUGUUUUUUUUUUUCGGAUAGUAAAAAUAUGCACAAAAAUUAGAGAGAGAAGAGAAAUUAAUUGCUAUUAUCGGCAUUUUCUUUCUUCAAAAUUUGGGGUUUUUUGCAUUGGCGCCGUGUUCUCUGCCCGCCUGGGAGUGGCUGUUAUUCUUAGCCGGGCAUUCUACUUUCCAAAUUGUAUAUUAUCUUUUGUUAAUAUCUCUUAGAAAUCCAUGUAAAAUUCGUGCUUCA